AUGUCGACCACUGCGGCCGCCGCUGGCCCCGCUGCCCUGCUGACGCCUACGGCCAACAACAAUGAAGCCUCCGACGCCAAGCCAGCUCGCGACGGACCGCAUUCCGCCGUAGAGCUGGAAAAGCUAAACCUCUUCCAACGCUACUUGUCGGUGUGGGUGCUCUUGGCCAUGGCCGCCGGCACCGUCCAGACUGUGCUCAUUUGGGGCAUCACGUACGCCGUGUCGAUCUACAUUUGCAUCAACAAGCGCCGUCGAUAUGUGCAUCGUCGCAUUCGCAACGCGGGCGGAUGUGUCUGA